UGGCUACUGCUAACAGCCCUCUGGCAACGAGUGAAGAAGGAGUAGUUCAAGAGAUCCGGAUAAGGUGCUUCGUAGUGGAUUUCAAUCAAAUGAUCCAGUCUGCAUGUAUUGAAGGCCAUUUUAAAUUGCUCUACUCGUAUUUGACAGCUUUUACAAGCGCGCGCGGAGGCGCCUGUUUGGACAAUACCGCCAGAUCUACGCUAUUGGCUGCUAAAACUUCGUAGCAACCGAUCAGCGAGCAGCUGUUUUCAUACGACAGCAUGGACUCCUGGGUUCGGUUCAAUUCGCACAGCCAAGCCAAGGAGAGGAUUAUACGAGCUGCUCAAUAUGCCUGCACAUUGUUGGGCUAUACGUUGCGCAAAGGCGGAGCAGGAGCGCAACUUCGCACAACUGUUAGUCAGUUGGAAGCACACAUGAGCCUGACAAGAAAGUUGUUGCGUCUGGGGAACUCGGUGGAGGCCAUGGAGGCGGCAAAGAGGGCUAUCCAUCUCUCUGACAGCAUCCUGAGGCUCUGCCUCACCAUCAGCCACCUCAACAAAGCAAUGUACUUUGCUUGCGACAACGUCCUCUGGGCGGGCAAGACGGGCCUGGUAUCCAAAGUGGACCAGCGCAAAUGGAGCCAGAGAUCUUUCAAGUACUACCUGUUUGCUCUGAUCCUCAACCUGACUCGCGACGUGUACGAGCUGCACCUCCUCGUGGAACGCGAAGCGCGCCACAGAGCGGCCAAAUGUCCCCCCUCGCGCGAUCCCGCCGCGACGGCCCCCGAUACGUCUUCAGCGUCCUCGCCGGCCGGCGCCGCUUUGGCUCUCCUGCCCCAUCUGUCGGCGUGGUUACACGGGCGGCUUUACCUGUUGGCAACGGUGCUGCAGAGCAAUCCGCCGUUACUCCUGGAUCUGCUGAAGAACGCGUGCGACAUCUUCAUCCCGCUGGACCGCCUGGCCAUUUACCCCACUGGAACGGGCUUUGUCGGCGCCUGCGGACUGGCGUCCUCUUUGCUCGCCAUUCUGACCAUCGUCCACCCUUGGUUGAAACUUAAGCCGUGAAGCCACAGACUGCCAGGAAGACGGCUUUUUUGGAGCAGCUGGGAGGUCGAGGAUGGCUUGUGCAUUUGGUACCUGGGCUUGUAGUUUGGACUUGACUUCAUACGUUGCUAAAUACUGCCACUAUAACGACACAAUUGGAGAAAACAUCAAAACGCUAUGUAACAGCUCACCGCUGUCACGUCAUCUUGAGCUCUUGUGAAUAUUUCAUAAAUGUGACAGAAACAUUUGGAAAAAGCCAUAAUACACACAUAGUAUUAAACACUGUGACGUUCCCUACUGAUGGGUUAACAUUUUGUGGUCCCACACGCCCUCAAAGACGCUCAUUUACACAGUAUUCUCAUCCAUUUGUUGGUAUGUUCUUUGCCAUUAGUUGAGAAUUUGAAACGUUUGGAUCAUGGAGUUUAGCUUACUGUGAUUAAUGACUGAUCAUGUUACUGAAAUUUGCAAUGGCUGAAAAUACUGACUAAAAGUGACCUAUAAUACAGACAUUGGUGACGGACAUAUUUGUAGCACAAGCACUGGAGUCAAGCUACGAAGCAAGCUAAUGCUAGCGAGAAGCUAACGAAUGCAUUUAACACAUGAUUAUGUUCCCCAAAAAUAAAACAGCACUGUCGAUGCAAUUCAUUUGA